CAGGGUUCACCUGGUGACCCGGGAAGUCAAGGUGUUAUUGGAAAACCGGGGAAUAUCGGAUCUCAAGGAGGCAAGGGGCCCCCGGGUCCUCCCGGAGGUGCAGGUCCGUCGGGUAUUACACUUAUCGGGGCACCAGCAGGAACACUCUUGUCACAGGAUGAAAUUGACCAGAUCGUGCAAAUUUGGCAAUCUAUGCAGCGACAGAAGGGAACUUAUGGAAGGAUAGGUGCCGCAGGUCUUCCAGGAGAGCCGGGAGAAACUGGUAACCAGGGCCUUCAAGGAGAACGCGGACGCCGUGGUGCUAAGGGAAAUCAAGGAGAACAGGGUAUUCCAGGUGAUGUCGGACCGACAGGAGACCCAGGGAGACCUGGAAAGGACGGACCAGAAGGUUCUGUUGGUGAUCCAGGACCUGUGGGACUAUCAGGAGAAAAAGUGAGACUUUCUUCGCUGCAUACAGCUGUAUAUGGAUGGAGUUGA